CUGCGCGGGCCCGGCCAAGUGUCCGCCCCCCGCAGCCGGAGCCGCACCCGCCACGGACGGAGCCCAUGCGCCGGGCGAGCCGCGCGCCCCGGCCCCGGCCCCCGCUCCCGACCCGGCUUCGGCCCCAGCCCCGGGGCCAGUCGCGCCAGCGAGCGGUGGGACAGGAGACCCCCGCAGUGCUUCGUACUGUAGCGCCUUGAGGAUGACGGAAUAUAAGCUCGUGGUGGUGGGCGCUGGGGGUGUGGGGAAGAGUGCCCUGACCAUCCAGCUCAUCCAGAACCACUUCGUGGACGAGUAUGACCCCACCAUCGAGGAUUCCUACCGGAAGCAAGUGGUCAUUGAUGGGGAGACAUGUCUGCUAGACAUCCUGGACACGGCGGGCCAGGAGGAGUACAGCGCCAUGCGGGACCAGUACAUGCGCACUGGGGAGGGCUUCCUCUGUGUGUUCGCUAUCAACAACACCAAAUCCUUUGAGGACAUCCACCAAUACAGGGAGCAGAUCAAGCGGGUGAAGGACUCAGACGAUGUGCCCAUGGUCCUAGUCGGGAACAAGUGUGACCUGGCUGCACGCACUGUGGAGUCUCGGCAGGCACAGGACCUUGCCCGAAGCUACGGCAUCCCCUACAUAGAGACAUCGGCCAAGACGCGCCAGGGCAGCCGCUCUGGCUCUGGCUCCAGGUCCGGGACCCUCUGGGACCCUCCAGGACCCCUGUGACCCAGCGGCCCCUUGCGCUGGCGUGGAGGAUGCCUUCUACACCCUGGUGCGUGAGAUCCGGCAGCACAAGGCGCGCAAACUGAGCCCGCCGGACGAGGGCGGCCCGGGCUGCAUGAGCUGCAAGUGCCUGCUCUCCUGACCACGCUGCGUGCACUCCUGCUGUGGAUCCGUGGUGCCUGUCCUGGAUGCGGAGGCCCGAGGCAGGAGGAGGCGCUGGUGGAGGAAGGAGAGGGAAGGGAGGGCUGCUGAGCCCGGCAGGGGUGUUGGUGAAUGGCAGACCUCCCGGGACGCUUUGCACAGACUGUUGUGAACUGAUGCCGCAGCACCCCGGCUGCUCCUCUCCUCCCAGCCCUGUUCUGGCCUAAUGGGCACAGGUUGAAUUGCAGUAAAUUAUUUGAUGGUCUUGA